AUGGGCGGACUCGUCAAUGGCGUGGCUUCCUCUACCGUCUCGGUCUUUGAUUGCAGGUCUCACUCUUGGCACCAAGCUCCAAACAUGCUUCUGGCCAGGGAGAAACCACAAGCCAUGGCCAUCGAUGGAAAGAUAUAUGUUAGAGGUCUCAAGGGCUCGGUACAGGUUUUCGAUCCAAAAACCCAAACUUGGACUUACGAAUCGAGAGAAUGGAAAUCAGUGGAUGAGUAUCAUGGAAUAGUGGCGAAUGGUCAUUAUGGAAUUGUGGGAUCGCGGAAACCUUCUUGUUGCGUGGUAGAUAGCGUCUUGUAUUCCUAUUAUAAGGGAAAGUUCAUAUGUCAUAUUCAGCUGGCGGAUUAUGGUGGAAAGAUGGCGGUUUUAUGGGACAGGAUUGAUCGUUCUAGCGACUGUAAAGGGAGAAAAGUUUGGUGUGCGGUGGUCACGCUUGAAAGGCAAUCUAGUGAAGAUAUUUGGGGCACGGUCGAGUGGUGUGAUGACUCUGAAGCUGUGCUUAAAGUCCCUGGACCUGUUGCAUUUGUGGAUGUUGUUGCUGCUACUCUUUGA